CCGCGCAUGAGCCUCUCUUCUUCCUCCUCUUCCUCUUCCUCCUGGGUCUGUCGGUCUGUCUGUCUGUGGCCGGGUGUUGAGUCGGGCAGCGGAGGCAGUGGGCUUUGGGCCCCGUCGGGGCCAGGCGAGGGCAGCCGCUGAGGAGAGCCAUGGCAGAUUCUUAUUCCUACCGAGUUGGAAAGAAGGUCGGUGGAUCCAGCAAGACCAGCAUGGACAAGGAAAGCAGCAAGGUGGAGAUGAAGCUAAAUCCAGCAUAUGAGCAGUCAAGGCUUGGAAAUGCAACCAAUGAUAAAACUGAAGGCAAACGGAAAGGGAGACCCAAGACAGACAGCCAGGGCCUGAAAGAUAUUCCGCUGCCUCUCAUGAAUCAGUGGAAGGAUGAAUUCAAGGCCCAUUCUAGGGUGAAAUGUCCCAACUCAGGCUGUUGGUUGGAGUUCCCCAGCAUCUAUGGCCUGAAGUACCACUAUCAGCGCUGUCAAGGAGUAAGGAAGACAGAGAGCACUGUGGUGGAGAAACGGACCUUCCCUUGCCCAUACUGUGAAGCCGCCUUCCCUUCCAAAACCCAACUGGAAAAGCACCACCUCUGGAACCAUCUGAACAGGUCACUGCAAGCUGUGGCCCCACCGGUGGAAAACAAAGUCCCCAAAGCCAACAAAGGCAAGAAAAGAGCUGCCGAGGGUUCAGCUUCCUCCACCAUCCAUCCCAAACAGGCAAAGAUGGAAAAAGCCCUGCAACGCCCUGAGAAUGGCGAGUGUGUAGCUGUCAAAGAAUUCCAGACUGUGGCCAGUGGGGUAGCAGCAACGCCUUUGGCUCAGCCGUCAGGGGGUCGAGGCUCCAAGCAACAGGCAAACAGGCACACUGUCGAGCAGGAGGAAGACCCCGAAAGGAUGAAGCACAGAAGGAAACAGAAAACUCCUAAGAAAUUUACUGGGGAACAGCCAUCCAUCUCAGGAACAUUUGGAUUGAAAGGGCUAGCGAAAGCAGAGGACAAGGCAAAAGCCCACCGAGCCAAGAAACUGGAGGCAGCUUUAACCAGCAGCAGUGGCAACAACAACAAUAAUGAAGAGCAGAAGAAGAAACUGCUGGGAUCUAGUAUGAAGAAGGAGACAGCACCAGUUGGCCUGGCAACAACGGCAGCAACUCCAGUAGCAGUGAGCCCAGAGGAACAUUGGCAACGAACGAUCAGUGAGAAGGGAGAGGUCGCCUGCCCCACUUGCAACAUGAUCACCCGGAAGACCAUCCUCGGCCUCAAGAAGCACAUGGAAGUCUGCCAGAAACUGCAGGAUGCCUUGAAAUGCCAGCAUUGCAAGAAGCAGUUCAAGUCCAAAGCGGGAUUGAAUUAUCACACCAUGGCAGAACAUGUCAACAAACCUACUCCUGUGGAAGCUGCUGGUCCUCUGUCUGAACAUGAAGAACGGGAGAGGCUGAGGAAAGUGCUAAAGCAGAUGGGAAAACUCAAAUGCCCCAAUGAGGGCUGUGUGGCUACCUUCUCCAGUCUUAUGGGCUACCAAUACCAUCAGAAACGGUGUGGGAAGCAGCCAUCCGAAGUUGAGAAGCCAGUGUUCACCUGCCCACAUUGUGGAAAGACUUAUAAGUCAAAAGCUGGGCAUGACUAUCACGUGAGGUCUGAGCAUCCUUCUGUGCCUCCUGAACAGCAUGAGAUAAAACCUGAAGCCAACCCCACUGAAGAUUUUGAGAGGACUCCAAGUGGAAGGAUCAGGCGCACCUCCGCCCAAGUUGCUGUCUUCCACUUGCAGGAGAUAGCAGAAGAUGAGCUGGCUAAGGAUUGGACCAAAAGGAGGAUGAAGGAUGACCUGGUCCCUGAAACAAAGCGGCUAAAUUAUACCCGUCCUGGGCUUCCAAAGUUGAAUCCAAGGCUUCUGGAGACCUGGAAGAAUGAAGUGAAGGAAAAAGGUCACAUCAACUGCCCUAAUAAUUGUUGCGCAGCCAUCUACUCCAGCGUGUCUGGUCUGAAAGCCCAUCUCGCCAACUGCAACAAGGGAGACCACUCUGUGGGGAAGUAUCGUUGUCUUCUGUGUCAGAAGGAGUUUAGCUCAGAAAGUGGAGUCAAAUACCACAUCAUUAAGACCCACUCCGAGAACUGGUUCCGAACAUCUACAGAGGCCAUCCGAAAGAAGAAGAAAAGUGAGGAACAUGCCCUUCUUGACAGUGAAGAAAAAAAGCAAAGCACAGAUGGAAAAAAACGGGGGCGCAAGCCAAAGGAAAGGCCUCCAGAGGUCCCUCUUAAAAGCAAAGAAAGCAUGGCAGGAAAGACUAACCAUAAGAAAACCACAGGGUCGUGGCAGACCAUAGACUGCAACCCCGAUGGGAGAGAGAGAGCAUAUAGGCAAAGGAAAGAUUGCAGCAGCAGUUUAAUCCUAGCAGAAACAGCAGGCAUCAGAUGGAGAGAAGGGAUCUCUGGCUGGAUCUGGUGAGGGGGGAAAUCCUUGCUCUUAGAAGGAUAGGUGUGAACGUACCCCUUUUGCUCAUUACUCCUAAGCCUGUUAAAGCAACUAUUGUAUAUGCUCACAUAUACGUUUAGAAAUUGAAGUCAAAAAAUCUACCCACAAAACCUGGUUUGACUUAUCCACAGGUCAGUGUACCUUAAAUCUUAUUUUUAAAAAAGGAGCCAUCCCUUUCUCUGAGUAGAGUAGGAAAAGGGGAGAGUUUAGUCCACCCUGAGAGAAUCUAAAAGAAGCAACAACUGCCUCAUCUCCUUCCAUUGCAGUGCUGCUUCUGGCCUUUUUGAAUGUCUGGGUGGGAAAAUAUCAGCAUGCUUUGGUGUCAUUUUUCUUUCCUUCAUCCACUACAUCCUUAUGUGCCCCUAGGUUUUACCCUUGACUUAUACAUAGGUUAUAUUGAAAUCCAUAAUUUUGGUCCCUAAACUUCCUCUUGGCUUUACAUGAGGUUGACUAAUAGUCAAGUAUAUAUGUUACAUUCACAUAACUGUUUUCCCACCAAGUGGUAAUGUUUCUCUGUCACUUCAGAAGGGCAGUUUGCAUUGUGAUCAUUGGUCAAAAUGAAUUCUUUGUAAAAAAAAACAACAACAACAAUGAACUGAGAUGCCAAAUCAGUGUUGCAUAGCUAAAUCUUGACAUCCAGAUUGUGCUACACAAACCUCGUGUUUAAUGGCAGGACUACACAAAUGACUGAACACCUGAAUGCACAACCAAAUGCACAGUUGACUGUAAUCCCAAGCAUGCAUGCUUAUCUUGUGCACAUGUACACCUCAUGUGCAUCACACAUGCAUCUUCCUUUAUGACAAAAUGACUGAAAUCUUCCAUUAUUACAGCAAAAUAUAAAUAUCCUCUGGAGGAGUUACAUUUAUGCAACUACUUUGGUAAAUAACAAUGGUGCAAUUUCUGUAGAUUAGUGGUCAGCAUGCAUGGCUGGCAACCCACUGUAUAAAUGCAAUGGCAAUACAAUGUGCAUUCACACGUUAUUUUGUUUACUUUAAUGUUCUGCUACAUGCACAACAGUAUCACAUAUGCAACUGUGCAUAUUCCACUGUCAGCUGGAUAGGACCAUUACUGAUUGUUCAAAGAAAUCACUCCACAUGCAUAGCACAAAUGUGUAUUCUUAUGUAUGCUGCUGGCAGAUUAUCAUCCUAUCUGCACAACUCUGCUUCUGCUACCAUGAACUGAAUGUGGGCAUCCCACAUUGGACAAAAAGGCUGCAGCCUCUUGAGUAGGGAAUUUAGGCAUGCAUAAGACACCAGCAGGAUUCCAGCCAUAGUGUUGAACUUUUCUAGCCACUCAGUUUCAUAAGUAUCUCCCAAAAAGUCAUCCAGGUGUUGCAGGAAAUUGUACUGAUCUUUAAAACACGUAUAGAUCUUUACUCCAAGACGAUCUUGGAAUCAACUAAUUAACACACACAUAUACUCUCACAUACUUCUAUAUAAAAUAUGGUAAGAACGAAAUGGGGAUAUUAUAUGCUUCCAACAACACAUUUCCACUUUAGCAGAAACGUCAGUGAAAACAGUUGUUGGAAUCUACACAGAGUUUUUCGGGUAUGUUUGACAAUCAGGGUCUCCAAUGGGUUAAGUGCUUGAAUCAUAUUUGCAUGGUCAACAAAUCAUGAAAAUGAUGUGCCUAAAAUGAGCCGCUUGUCCUAGUCCUGGGCAAAGUGAUGCUGAGCCUGAAAAAAACAUCAAACUCGAUGAGCUUUGGUCGACCUAACUCUGCCUAGGAUUAAUCUUCCAGUUGCAAGCAUAUGCUUAAUGCGGUGGAAAAAAAACAUGCUGUGGCAAUAAAACAAGCACUGGUCAAAAUCUUUGAAUCAUAGAGUUGAAAGAGUUUGACCAGUGCUUUCUUUAUCACCACAGAAGGGGGGGGUUGUACAUGGGUGGGCUUUACUGGGGGGAAAUAGCACAGUUUGAUGGUCUGACCUUGUGUUGAAGACAAGGUUGAUGUAAACCUGUGUCUACAAAUUGAGCGUUAUGAGUCAAGUACAGGGAAAUUAAUCCUUGUGGCUACUGUAGUUCUCCAUGGAAACCCAACUUCACAGAGACAAAAAGGUCUGAAUCCUGGUGCUGGUCCUCAAUUAGAGUAGACCCAUUGUGUCAAUGGGACAUAUCUGUGUGAUGACUCUCUGUUGGACAGUUGAUUCAGUGAGUCUGCUGUAGUUGAGACUGGCCUAUAGAAUUCAGAACAAAGUCUUUUUCCUAGAUGUUCAGCUCUACAGACAAUCGUCCUCCUUGAGAAUCCCAGUGGAAUGGGCAGAUGGAGCAGCUAGUCCACUGGAAUGAAUGGGGAGCUUCUUUCAAGGAGCUGGAAUUGAUGGUGGUCUCACAGCCUCAAAUGGGUGGAGGAUGUGUUCUACUAUAAGCUGCAGUUAGAGGCAAAUCCCCUUCGUUUCAGUGUGCCAACUGAGUGUGGGCAUGUGGCUUUUUUUGGACUACAAUUCCCUGAAUCCCCGGCCUGUGAAUUCUGGGCAUUCUAGUCCAAGGAAAAGACCACUUUCCCAAACAAAUGACACCUUCUGCCCCCUUCCCCCGUUUCUUUCUUUGUGGUACCUUUCCAAAUAGUUGGUUUUGUUUUUGGUUUUUGGUUUCUUUUAAAUGCCAGACAUUAAUGCAUACAUGUAUUUUGAAAAAUAAAAAAAAAAAGAUUUCCAGUCUAUCACUUGUAACCAUAUAUAAAUAAAUAUAUAUAUAAAUAUAUAUUAAAAAGUGUUUAUUUGCAAAAAAAAAACUCAACAAAAAAAUCAAAAAAAUCAAAAUGUUUUAACUGUAAACUAUCUUAUACACUCCUGAUUUGUGACGAUCUGUCUUUUUGGUAAUCAUUGAUAAAAAUAAUUCCUCAGCGCUUGAGUACUGUAAUAAAUAAUUAUUAAUAUCAGCACCACUGAAACCCUUGAAGGGAGAAAUCUAUGUACUGUAUGUAUUUAAAAAAAACCCACAGCUGUAUCAAAUAAAUGUUUAUUGCCUUUUUUGUACUUUGGCAUCAGUGUCUGUAUUACAAAAAAAAUUGUCUGCAAAAUGACCAUGUAUGCUUCCAUUCUGCUCCAGAAUUCUUUCUGCAUUCUGAUGUUUUGACAGUAAAACGUGGCAUCACACAUUAGAGAUGUA